UCAGGUGACGCAGCGGGGCGGGCCGACAGACUGCGGGGCGGACGGUGGACGCAGGGACUCCGGUUUAGGUCUGGCCCCGCGGUUCCGACCCCCGCCGCCGUUGCCGCCAUGACGGGGCUCGCGCUGCUCUACUCCGGGGUCUUUGUGGCCUUCUGGGCCUGCGCGCUCGUCGUGGGAGUCUGCUACACCAUUUUUGACUUGGGCUUCCGCUUCGAUGUGGCAUGGUUCCUGACUGAGACUUCCCCCUUCAUGUGGUCGAAUCUGGGCAUUGGCCUGGCCAUCUCUCUGUCUGUGGUUGGGGCAGCCUGGGGCAUUUAUAUUACUGGCUCUUCCAUCAUUGGUGGUGGGGUGAAGGCCCCCAGGAUCAAGACCAAGAACCUGGUCAGCAUCAUCUUCUGUGAGGCUGUGGCCAUCUAUGGCAUCAUCAUGGCGAUUGUCAUUAGCAACAUGGCCGAGCCCUUCAGUGCCACUGACCCCAAGGCCAUCGGCCAUCGGAACUACCAUGCAGGCUACUCCAUGUUUGGGGCUGGACUCACAGUGGGCCUGUCGAACCUCUUCUGCGGAGUCUGCGUGGGCAUCGUGGGUAGUGGGGCUGCCCUGGCCGACGCUCAGAACCCCAGCCUCUUUGUCAAGAUUCUUAUCGUGGAGAUCUUUGGCAGUGCUAUUGGCCUCUUUGGGGUCAUCGUGGCAAUCCUUCAGACCUCCAGAGUGAAGAUGGGUGACUAGAUGAUCUGCCUGGGCGGGGCCGUGCCCUACUCUUAUUUAUUGCUGGUGGUUUUCCUGGGACAGCUGGAGCUGCACCCCCUAGCCUGUCAGGGGGCUCGGUGUUCAGGGCCCUCCCUGCACUCACCUCUUGCCGCCUGUGGAUGUGGAAGCCCUGCAGCCCAGGCUGAAUCCUGUGUGGGGAGUGGGCAGCUGAUGCCGCUGUGCCCCCCAUCUCCACACCCACUCCUGCCCCGUCUUCCCAGUGUUUGUGAAAUAAACGUGGUAUUUGUCCGGGUCA